AUGAUAAAGAAAUUAUUAUUAACUCCCGGUCCUAUUGAAUUAACUCCAGCAGUUAGACAAAGUUUAGUAGCUAAUUCUAUUGGUCAUUUAUCACCAACUUUCACCACUACUUUCCAAAAUGCCUUGAAUAAUACAAAAAGAUUAUUCAAAACAACUAACGGUCAACCAAUUAUUAUCUCUGGUUCAGGUACAUUAGGUUGGGAUCUUUUCGGCUCCAAUGUCGUUAAUAGAAAUGACUCGAUCUUAUUGAUUUCUACAGGGUUUUUCUCUGAUUCAUUUGCCUCAUGUUUAACAGGUUAUGGUGCUAAAGUAGAUAAAUUAGAUGCAAUCCCAGGUCAUAUCGUACCAUUAAAAACCAUCCAAGAAAAAUUACAAAAAAAUAAUUAUAAAGCAGUGGUAAUGACACAAGUAGAUACAUCAACAGCAGUAUUAAAUGAUGUUCAAGGGAUUUCUCAAUUGGUCAAAGAAUUUUCUCCAAAUUCAUUCGUGGUUGUCGAUGGUGUUUGUUCCAUUGGAUGUGAAGUCUUUGAAUUUGAUAAUUGGAAUAUUGAUUAUUGUUUAACUGCUUCACAAAAGGCUAUUGGUGCGCCACCGGGGUUAUCGAUCUCCAUGGUUAGUCCAAGAUUAUUAAAGUACGUAAUGAAUGAAAGAGAUACUACUGAUCAAGUCACCUCGUUUUAUCUUUCAUUUAAGAAAUGGUUACCAAUAAUGGAAUCGUGUAUCCAGGGGAAACCUUCAUAUUUCGCUACCCCACCUGUACAAUUAAUCCUAUCCCUAGAUGUUGCAUUAAAGGAAUUAUUAGAUGCCACUCCAAGAGGCUUGGAUGAAAGAAUCGAAAAAAGUUCUAAAACUAGUGACUGGUUCAAACAACAAUUGACGAAAGAAUUGGGAUUAAAAAUGAUCCCACAAGAUCCACAAUAUACCGCUCAUGGUUUAACCACGAUCUAUGUAGAAAAUCCUGCUGAUUUAAUUAAAUUUUUGGCAGAUAAUGGUGUUUUCAUAGCAGGUCCAAUGUUGAAAUCAAUACCUCCAUAUGCAAGAGUCGGCCACAUGGGAGUUUCAGCUUGGGACAAUGAUAAUAACCAACAUAUUACAAGAUGUUAUGAACUGCUCAGAGAGUAUUGUACAACAAAGUCUAAAGUAUAA